AUGAUGAUCUCUAAAUAUAUUGCCAUGUUGGCACUUUUAGUUGCAGUUGUUUCUGCUCAAAAUUAUAGACCAGUUGUUUUAAUGCAUGGUGUUUCAUCUAGUGCAAAAGCAAUGGCACCAGUAAAGGAAUGGAUUGAAGCCGCUUGUCCAGGUAUUUACGUUGUCAACAUGGAGAUUGGAAAUGGAUUCAUGUCAUCGAUUUUCAUGACCGUCGAAGAGAUGGUUGAGAGUUACGCUCAACAGGUUCAAGCCGAUCCAAAGUUGGCCAACGGUUUCAACGCCGUCGGUUUCUCACAGGGUACUCUUGUGACCCGUGGUUACAUCCAACGUCACAACAACCCACCAGUAUUCAACUACAUCAGUUGGAACGGUCCACAACGUGGUCAAUUCGGUACACCAUUCGUCAACAUCAAGUGGGUCGACCACAUCCUCGGAACCGUGCCAUACGACAACUGGGCACAAGAGACUUUCUCACCGGCUCAAUACUGGCGUGACCCAUACAAGUUGGAUCUCUACCUCGAGAAAUCGUUGUUCUUGGCCGACCUCAACAACGAGCGUCCAGUCAAGAAUCCAAAGUACAACCAAAACAUCGAGAGUUUGAACGCCAUGGUUCUCUCCUACUCUGAGAACGACAAGACCAUCGUGCCAAAGGAGUCCGGUUGGUUCGCUUUCUACGCCAACAACACUCAGAGCACCGUUGUCCCAUUGAGAGAGUCAGAGUUUUACCUCCAAGAUUUCAUUGGUAUUCGUGCCCUCGAUGAAUCCAACAGACUUCAUUUCUUCACCACCGAUUGCAAGCACUCUGAUCACCCAACUGCCAGCUGCAAGCCAUAUUUCGACCAAUAUACCCUCCCAUGGUUGAACGCAACUCUCUAA